AUGGACGAAGCAGACCGUCCUUCGAAACGAGCAAAAGUUCUCGCGGCAACCACGAAGCCUGAGGUUUCUGCCGAAGGUCAUGCGCCUAGUCGUGACGAUAGCAUCGACUUCAUCAAACCCCUAGCUUCACUGCACCGCUCCAUUACACCUCCAUUAAUAACCCGCUCAGCCAGGGACCCCGCACCACCGCCACCAGCCCACGACAGCGCCAUAUCCCCCCCCAGCAAAGCACAGCCAUGCACUCUGGACCAGAAAGUCCUCCCCUCACCCAUUCAACUCACCCACAUCCGCGACUUCCCACCCUCUUCCGGCAACAAUGUCGACACUGUUCGGCUCCGCGAUAUCCUGGGCGACCCCAUGAUCCGCGAGUGCUGGCAAUUCAACUACCUCCACGAUGUAGACUUCCUGAUGAGCCAAUUCGACGAGGACGUGAGAGCCCUGGUCAAGCUGAAGGUGGUGCACGGGUCGUGGAAGCGAGAGGCGCCGAAUCGCGUGCGUAUUGAUGAAGCAUGCGCACGAUACCCGAAUGUCGAGGCGAUCGUGGCCUACAUGCCCGAAGCCUUCGGGACCCAUCACUCCAAAAUGAUGAUUCUCCUGCGACACGAUGAUUGUGCCCAAGUUGUCAUCCACACGGCCAACAUGAUCCCGGGCGAUUGGGCGAAUAUGACCCAAGCGGUGUGGCGAUCCCCCCUCCUUCCUCUGCGCACGAGGAGAGAUACAGAUGAUCCGAGCGACGACGACCAACGGCUCCCCGGGUCGGGAGCCCGGUUCAAACGGGACCUGCUGGCUUAUCUGAGUGAGUACGGGUCCAAGAAGACGGGCCCGCUGGUCAGGCAGCUGCGUCAGUACGAUUUCGGGGCCGUGCGGGCGGCUCUCGUCGCCAGUGUGCCGUCGAAGCAGAACUUGAGCGAGGCGGAUGCGCGGGUCAAGACGCUCUGGGGGUGGGUGGCGUUGAAGGAUGUGUUGAAGGAUGUGCCUCUCGCUAAGAAGAACAAGAGGCCGCACAUCGUCGUUCAGAUCUCCUCGGUGGCAUCGCUCGGGCAAACGGACAAGUGGCUGAGAGAUAUCUUGUUCGCAUCCCUGGCGCCUAAGAGAGAAGAUCCCAAACCGCGGUACUCUAUCGUCUUCCCUACCCCGGAUGAGAUCCGACGCUCCUUGAACGGGUACGGAUCCGGGGGCUCUAUCCAUAUGAAACUGCAGAGCGCGGCUCAGCAGAAGCAGCUACAGUAUAUGCGCCCCUUUCUGUGCCGUUGGGCAGGGGAUGAUGAUGAUGUGCAACCCGCCGUGGUUCGGCGGGAAGCGGGCCGCCGGCGUGCGGCGCCGCAUAUCAAAACAUACAUCCGGUUCUCUACGGAAGAGAUGACCACGAUCGAUUGGGCGAUGGUCACGUCGGCGAAUCUGUCUACACAGGCGUGGGGAGCGGCGGUCAACGCGAACGGGGAGGUGCGGAUCUGCAGCUGGGAGAUCGGGGUGGUGGUGUGGCCGGAGCUGUUGACCCGAGGAUCAUUCGACACAGACACCAUUCCUCCUGUGAAGACAGUGAUGGCGCCAUGCCACCGAACGGAUACACCCGCUGCCGCUGCAGACGACGCCGCCGUAACCGUCGGAUUCCGUAUGCCAUACGAUCUUCCCCUAACUCCGUACACCGCAACAGACAUCCCCUGGUGCGCCACGGCAAGCCACAGCGAGCCCGACUGGUUUGGACAGACAUGGGACAGUUGA